AUGUCUCAAUAAUUUGUGGGAAUGAAUGGUGAAUAGACAGGUUUAGGAUUCACAAAUCGAGAUCAAGGUGCCAAAGUUGAAGAAGAUCAAGGUUUGAUUGAAUUCAAAAUAAUUACCAAUGAUGGAACUCAUGAGAGUAUGAAGAUGUUGAUUGAUCUCAAAAACAUCUUUGCUAGAUAAUUACCAAAAAUGCCUAAGGAAUAUAUUGUUAGAUUAGUAUUUGAUAGAAAUCAUGAAUCCAUGUGUAUAAUAAAAGUAUUUCAUCAAAACUAUUAAUUUAGGAUAACACUAAAGUGAUUGGAGGAAUCUGUUAUAGAAAGUAUCCAACUUAACGAUUUGCUGAGAUAGCAUUCUUGGCUAUUACUGCCACACUAUAAGUAAAGGGUUAUGGAACUAGAUUAAUGAAUAAAUUCAAAGAACAUAUCCAAAAACAAGAUGUAGAAUACUUACUCACUUAUGCUGACAAUUAUGCAAUUGGAUACUUUAGNAAUAUUAUUCAUAAUAAAUGUAUUCCAUUUUCAUUUAAAAUGAAGUAGUGA